UUCUCUCUCUCUUUCUGUCUCUUUUUGUGCUCAGUGUGUAAAGUGCAGAAAAUGGCGGAGGCCAGUAUUUUAGUAGAUCAGUUUUCAGUGGAUCAGUUCAGCUGUCCAGUGUGUCUGGAUCUCCUGAAGGAUCCAGUGACUACCCCGUGUGGUCACAGUUUCUGUAAGGUGUGUAUUAAUGACUGCUGGGAUCAGGAGGAUCAGAAGGGGGUCUACAGCUGUCCUCAGUGCAGACACACGUUCACUCCAAGGCCUGUUCUACACAGAAACAACAUGCUGGCUGAAGUGGUGGAGAAACUGAAGAAGACUGAAGUCCGAGCUGCUUCUCCUGCUCACUGUUACGCUGGACCUGGAGAUGUGGAAUGUGAUUUCUGUAGCGGGAGGAAACACAAAGCCAUCAAGUCGUGUCUGAUGUGUCUGGCCUCCUUUUGUGAAACUCAUCUGAAACCUCAUUAUGAAGUUCCUGUUCUGAAAAAACACACAUUAAUCGAAGCGUCUGGAAAUCUACAAGAGAAGAUCUGCUCUGAGCAUGAUAAAGUCCUGGAGAUCUACUGUCGUACCGACCAAAGCUUCAUCUGUUAUCUGUGUGUGACGGAUGAACACAGAAGCCACGACACCGUCUCAGUUAAAGCCUACAGAACUGAACAACAGACUGAGCUGAAGGAGGAGCAGAUGAAAUUCCAGCAGAGAAUCCAGGAGAAGCAGAAGAAGGUGCAGGAGCUGAAACAGGCUGUGAACAUUAUAAAGCUCAGUGCACAGACAGCAGUAGAUGACAGUGAGAAGAUCUUUACUGAGAUGAUCAGCUCCAUGGAGAAAAAGCGCUCGGAGGUGACGGAGCUGAUCAGAGAUCAGGAGAAGGCUGAACUGAGUCGAGCUGAACGACUCCUGGAGCAACUGGAGCAGGAGAUUUCUGAUCUUCAGAGGAGAAUCACUGAGCUGGAGCAGCUUUCACACACACACGAUCACAUCCAUUUCCUCCAGGAAAUAAAGGUUUUAGUCUCCAGACAUCAGAGUCCCAAAACCGACAGACCAAAUGUUCCAGCUGAUGUGUGUGAAGAUUCACUCAGCAUCAAUGUCAAUAUCUCAUUUGAUGCAGUGAGGAAAUCUCUCUCUGAGCUGAAAAAGAGACUUGAGGAAUUCUGCCAGGAGGAAUUGAUCAAAAUCCGUGAACAUGCUGAGAACAUUCAGAUUUUACUCUCAGAACCAACAAGCAGGGACGAGUUUCUGAAAUAUUUCUGUGAUCUGACUCUGGAUCCCAACACAGUAUAUUAUAAACUCAUUCUGUCUGAGAAGAACAAAGUGGUGACACGCAGUAACACAAAGCAGCCGUACUCUGAUCAUCCAGAGAGAUUUAACUACAGACAGGUGUUGAGUAAAGAGAGUGUGUGUGGACGCUGUUACUGGGAGGUGGAGUGGAGCAGUGAGAGUAAUGUGUUCAUAUCAGUCUCAUAUAAAGAUAUCAAAAGGAAAGGACAGUUUAAUGAGUGUGUGUUUGGACUCAACAAUCAGUCCUGGAGUCUGCAGUGUUCUUCUUCUUCUGUUUAUUUCUGGCACAACAACGUUAAAUCUGACCUCAGAGUUCCAUCAUCCUCCAGAAUAGGAGUGUAUGUGGAUCACAGUGCAGGAACUCUGUCCUUCUACAGCGUCUCUGAUACGAUGAAGCUCCUCCACAGACUCCACACCACAUUUACUCAGCCUCUAUACGCUGGAUUCAGGUUGUACACGUGUAAACCAGGAUCAUCUAUGAGGUUUUGCAGUCCAAAAGAAUAAUAGUUGGUGUUUUAUGGUCUGUAAUUUGGAGCUGAAAGAAACAUGUGCUAGGAAAUAAAUAAAAAAGUGAUUUGUUUGUAUCAUUGUAAAAAUCAGAUUUAAAAAUGAUAAUUAUGUUUUGGUAAAAUAUAUAAAUCUAUUUUACACCUUAAAAUGUCUAUGUACGUGGUGGUGUUUAAAAAAGGAUCCAGACGAACUGUAUUGUAGUUCUGUCUUUUUUGCUGAAUGUCCUCCCUGAGACGCCUUAAAACCUGCAGUAGAACUCACUAUUCAUGGUCUGAUCACUUAAUUACUGAACUGGAAUUGAGUUGGGGAUUUGGUCAGGAUUAAUGGUGUCCUCAAUGUGGAGAAAUACAGUCAGAUAGCGAACAUGCUGUAUAGCCAAUGUCAUUAAGAAAUUUCUUCAACGUAGAGAAGAACAAGGAGUCCUGGAAGUGAUUUGGGUGUGUUUGGGCCCCACAGUGCCCUGAUCUCAAUGUCAUAGAGUCUCCUUGGAUUACGUGAAGAGAUAGAUGGAAUAGACCUUUCAUAGAAGAUCCAAGAAUGUUUGCAAGAACCUAUAGGCGAGUUCCUUCAAUAACCUUGUGUAAGUGGACCUAGAAGAAUUGAUGCUUUUUUUUGUUUCCUUUUCUUUCGAAUCAUUGACAAAAAUAAACUUUUUUUUAAAGCA